GAGUUUUAGGAGACACUCUGCUGCUUCCUGCCCGUGCUCACUUGCUCCGGCUGAGAGAAAAUCCCUGUCUCGGCAUGGACUUCUGGAAUGACGGCGGUUCACGUGGUCGUUAGGGAGCCGCAGUGGAGAUCAGGGGCUCGGGAGCGCCAGGUUGAUGCUCAGGUCCUGGACUCAGUGAAGCGAGGUCCCUGACAGGAAGUGCCUUGUGAGACAAACCCCGCCCCUACUUGAAGUGGUUCUCCAUUACCUGAGGAACUCGGAUCCCAAGCUGCCGCACGGCACCAGAGACAAUAGAAAGUGACCGACUUUGUGGCACCGUACUGUAGAACCAGGACCCAGUUCGCCCCCCUGAUAUCCACCGCCAAGAUCAUCCGUCAUAAAGGCGACGUUUUGAGGACACUGGUGCAGCCAGCACCGGCUGCGUCCAGGCAUGCCCCCUCUGCCGCCUCAGACGUUCUGAUUGAUGAACGGUCGACCGCUCUGACUGACACGCUCCACCAUAGCUCCGUUCCAUGCAAGGGACUUUGCCGGUCCAUUACCUCAACUUCACCGUCUGCAAGGACGAACUGCACCAGCCGGCAGAUUAUUUAUAGCCGCGAGUUCCGUCAGUUGUCUUUUAAUUUAUUUAUUUUACUUUUUUAGCCGUUAACUGGAGCACAGCUCAAGUCCUCCUCAGAGGAUCUCCUCCUCAGCCCCGCAGCCGUCGCCUCUCGACAUGGCUCUAAACAUAGCCUCCAUACGGGACACUAAAUGGCUGACCCUGGAGGUGUGCCGUCAGUUUCAGAGGGGGACCUGUUCACGCAGCGACGAAGAAUGCAAAUUUGCCCACCCGCCCAAGAGCUGCCAGGUGGAAAACGGCAGGGUGAUUGCCUGCUUUGACUCUCUAAAGGGCCGCUGCACGCGAGAAAACUGCAAGUACCUGCACCCGCCUGCCCACCUGAAGACCCAGCUGGAGAUCAACGGGCGAAACAACCUGAUCCAGCAGAAGACAGCGGCGGCCAUGUUGGCUCAGCAGAUGCAGUUUAUGAUCCCCGGCACCACCAUGCAGCCCGUGCAGACGUUUCCAGUCAGCCAAGCCCUGGGCUCCAGCGCAGGUCUGAGCUACACCCCGUACCUGACUCCGAUGUCCCACAGCAUGGGCCUGGUGCCCACAGACAUCCUGCCCAGCACUCCCGUCAUCGUCCCUGGCAGCCCACCCGUCUCCGUGACCGCUGGCUCCUCCUCCAACCAGAAACUGCUCCGCACUGACAAGCUGGAGGUUUGUCGUGAGUUCCAGCGGGGUAACUGCGCCCGCGGUGAGACGGACUGCCGCUUCGCCCACCCCAGCGACAGCCCCAUGAUCGACACCAGCGACAACACGGUCACGGUGUGCAUGGACUACAUCAAGAGCCGCUGCUCCCGCGAGAAGUGCAAGUACUUCCACCCUCCGGCCCACCUGCAAGCCAAGAUCAAGGCGGCCCAACACCAGGCCAACCAGACAGCUGUGGCGGCCCAAGCUGCCGCCACAGCUGCAGCCAUGACUCAGUCGACUGCCAAAGCAAUGAAGCGACCCCUCGAGGCAACUGUAGAUCUGGCGUUCCCCCACGGCGUCCUCCAGCCACUACCAAAGAGACCAGCACUUGAGAAGAGCAACGGAGCCAGCUCCCUGUUCAGUCCCAGUGUUUUGCACUACCAGCAGGCUCUGGCCAACGCACAGCUCCAGCAGCCCGCUUUCUUUCAAACAGGGUCAGUCUUGUGCAUGACUCCUGCUAGCGGUCUUGCAACAACUCCUGCCACAAGUGUCCCCUACGCAGCAACAGCACCAGCCAAUCAGAUCAUCCUGAAAUAAACAAAGAGGCGGAGUUUCACCAAGCUGCACUAGAAAACCCAAAACAACCCCUCUGUAAAUACUACCUAGCCUCCGCCGUGGAGGUUCAGCAACCUGCAUGCUAAGAGUGUAACACUUCAGAUUUAACCGUAAGAACUGCAGUGCCGGAGUAACACACACAGAGUAACACACACACAGUAACACACACAGGAACUGUAUGUCCCCCCCCAAUGCGCCCUUUAGUUGUUGUGACAGCGAAGAGAAAAGCCUCGUGCAGCAUGAGUGAUUUAAGUGCUAAUUCUAAACAAAAAUAAAACACGACGAGCAAAACAAUGACUUGAACUUCACCUGGAGGGCUAUCUGUGACCGUCCCCCCCCACCCCUCUCUAUCGCCGACUAUCCUGUUCCAUUUUAGAAAAACUGUAGAAGUGCCUAAACGAGACGAUCAUCACCCACAUCCGCGGCGGGGUGGAGUCAGGAAGGACCUUUCGGCGUUGUCACGACUCUCCACAUCCACAAGUGACUUUAUCAGAGGAGAAACGACAAAUCAACAAAUAGCUUUGUAGAAUGUGUGGUGACCUUCGUCGUUUCUUACGUGGGUUUGUGUAGUUUACAUGAGGAACGUGAGUGAGACAACUGUAUUGUAAACUGUGUAAUGUAUGUAAAGUGUCUCUUAUUUUGAAAGUUUAUAUUCUAGAAAUGUAUUAUUUAAAGUUCGUGUCUAAUAUUCGACCCCUCCCUACACAUCUCCACAAAUCAGAUUUGUUUUCAAAGCCAAGAUCAUCAAAUUUUCCUUUUUUAUUUUGUGUGUUUAUUUUUUAUUGAUUUUAUUUUCUAAUUUAAAUUUUCCAGACUCUGAUGUGAUGUCAUGGUGCUUGAUUAACAUUGACAAUCCACAGUCAUGCGACGCAGAGCGGGAACGUUUUGGCUUCUGCUCUGGAGUCUUCUCACCUUGAAUGUGUUUGGGAUGACUGUGGAAAGAUGGUCCCGUUUUCAGUGUCAUUUAUGUCGGAUUUUAGUAAAAAACUAAAACAAUGUUACAAAAAAAUGUAAAAACAGACAUUAUAAACUAUUCUAUUUUGAGAUGAAUGUAAUUUAUUGGGCUGCAUUCUGCACAGUUGUGGGUAUGGGGAAGUCUGUGAAGAGACGUUUGUGCCACCAUGUUGUAGCAAGAGUUACAGAAUUGAGAUCACAUUUUUCUAAAUUGCAAACAAAGUGUAAAGUGUAGAGAAUAAACUUCAUGAUUUACAAAUGAAAAUACAUAAUAUUUGCUUUGAAAAAAUAUUUUUGCAACACAAAAGUUUUCAGAUGUGUAGUGGCUCAUCUCACUUUCGCCCUAUCUUUGAUCUAGCGUUCAAAUUUUCUCUCAGCAUUACAUGACAUUACACCUCAGCCUCCAAGUACGGCAAUCCGAGUUAGAGACACCUGAUUGGAUCCAAUCUUAACCAAUCAUCGGGUUGUUUGGGGUGGCACGAAUGUAAAAUGAAACUUCUAAACGCAAAAUCAAAGAUAGGGCAAAAGCGAGAUGAGGCGCUAUGCAUCUAAAAAAGUUUUUGCUGCAAUUGCAAAAAUAUUUUUUGAAAAAAAAACAAUGUUUGAUAUCACAAAAAAAGAAAUGAAGAAAAAAAAUUGCAAAUGUAAAAUUAUUUUUUAAAACCAAAAAUAAAAAAGUUUUCAAAAGCAGAAAAAUGUUUUGAAGCCAAAAAAAGUUUUCAAAUUCAAAAAUAUGUUUUGAACAAAAAAAAAUUGCAAAUGCAAAAAAAGUUUUUGAAAGGAAGUAUGUAUUUUCACUAGCAAAUUAUGAAGCUUUAUUCUCAGCACUUUACAUUUUGUUUGCAAUUUACAAAACUUUGAUCUCAAAUCUGUAAAUUUAGCUUCCUAUAUGGUGGCACAAAAAUCCUUCCUUAGCAGUCGAACUAAGUUCAAAAUUUAUCACAGCGUUGCAGCAUAAUAGAGUUAUAGAGUUGCUUGUGUUGUUGGAAAAAAUAAUAAGAAUAAUUUAAAAAAAUAUAUUGUAUAGAUUACCAAAAUAACAAAAAAUAUCAAAAAGAUGUACUUUUCACCCUAGUAAUGAUAGUAUUUCAUAACGAUCUGAGUCUUGCCGUGGCAACCGAACGUUGCAGCUACUAAAGUUGGUAUUUUUGUAAAUGACAUUGUUUUUUUAUUUGCUAGAACAGUGUACGCGACUUAGAAUGGAGAUAAACUUCUUUUUCUUAUUCUUUA